UUGCUCGUUCCCAUCACCAUCUCAAUCCCGCAGAGAUCCCCGCAAACCUCCGCGCGCGACCUCACCACCAUUUUCGCAAUUGAAAACAACCGACCCUCACCUCACCUCCCAGCCUUCCCCUCCAAAAUGCCGUUGAAACAUGCCUUAAUAACAGGCGGAAGCCGCGGAAUCGGCCUCCACACAGCCCGCCUCCUCGCCCGCAACAACUACGCCUGCACACUAAUCUCGCGGUCCCCAUCUACCCUCGAAACCGCAGUCUUCUCCCUGCACGUCCCACCAACGCCCUCUUCCUCCUCCUCCCAACCCUACCACGCUUUUAUUCCCGGCGACAUCGCAUCGCCGUCGUUCUGGACGACGGAUACGUUCAGCGAUGUGCGGGCCCGCACCACGCGCUUCGAUGUCGUGGUGAAUUGCGCGGGGAUUUCGCAGGAGAAGGUCUUUGUUCGGAUGGACGAGGAUGAGAUCCGGGGAGUCGUGGAUACGAAUUUAACUGCGAUGAUGGUGGGGACGCGGUUUUUGCUUAGGAAUCGUUAUCUACAAGCUUAUUCUCCCUCCUCUUCUACGGGGAGUAGUCGAAGUAGUGGCGAUGCCGGGGGUCCCGGAGAAGGGGAAGUGAAUGGGGAACAAGAGGGGGAGAGCAGACAUAGUCCCGUUAUAAUCAAUGUUGGUAGUUUGAUGGGAGUUAGUGGCGGGUUUGGCGCUGUUGCAUAUGCGGCCAGUAAAGCUGGGGUGUUGGGGUUUACGAGGGCGUUGGCUACGGAGCUGGGAGGGAAGAGGGUGAGGGUCAACGCGAUUGUGCCUGGGUAUGUGGAGACGGAUAUGACGCAAGAUCUCGACCAUAGCUCUCUCCUCCGCAGAAUACCCCUCGGUCGUUUCGCAAAACCACAAGAAAUCGCCUCGGCGGCGCUUUUCCUCGCACAGAAUGAGUACGCGCAUAAUUGCGUCAUUAACCUUGACGGCGGACUAUCCGCUCUGUGA